GUCUACCCCACGCGUGGACACCUUCUGGGGAGGCCACGAUGACGUCACAGCAGCCGCUGGGUUCGAGGAGAAUGGCGUCACCACCAUUAUGUUCAGGAAGAAGAUUAAGGCCAAAGAACCCACCGACCACUCUAUAGUGGAUGACCUGAUGCAUAUCAUCUGGGCGAGGGGACAGGAGCCCAACAAAUACGUGCACUCGCCCCCCUCGGGCAUAGAAAAGGGGACGGCUGCUACCGGAGACUUCUACAGGCAAGACGAGCUGAAAUACCAUGGACAUGGGUCGCAGCGGGGUGUGACCAGGAUUAACUUCUUUGAAGAAGCAAAGUCCUCCUUCUCCGGUGGAGUCUUCGCCCUCCCCGACAAAUGUGGGGGGUACUGGCAACACCCCGCCAACUGCAGUGUUGCCAACAAUACCUGCGAAUACCACGCAUCCUGGGAGUAUCUCGGAUUGAAGAGGGGGAAGGAUUCCAUCAGGUUUACUAUCAAGACCAAGCAUACGAAUCAGUGGACGGGGAUUGGGUUCAGCAAUGAUAGGAAAAUGUCCCAAACAGACGCGGUCAUCGGCUGGGUGGAAUCCCGUUCAGGGCGGCCAUUCCUGAUGGACACCUGGGUGUCAGGCUACUCCGCACCCAGGGUCGACCCGCGUCAGGAUCUGAACAAGCAGUCUGGCAGCCUGGUAGAUGGUGUGACUACCCUCACCUUUGUUAGGAAGAGGGACACUGGCGACCAGAAGGAUCUCGCGUUCACAGAUACCCAGUGCCUGUACAUGAUGUUCAUCACGCAAGGCGGUACCUUCGAGCCAGUGAACAAGCGCACCAGCAAGCAUUUACAGACGCCCGUCAUAUCAGAGAAUAGGGUCUGCAUCAAGCCCUGUGGCCCUGAGCCACCAGAAGAGGAACUAACAACCGAGCCGGCCAUCCCAGGUCUAACCGCUUAUACCAUGCUAAUCCGGAUCACCGGUUUAGCCGACAGCUUUCGACCGCCUGCCCCCGGGACUAAGGAGUAUGAAGAGUUGAGCAAGCAAGUGGCUGAUAGCUUGGCCAGUGAGAUGAAGAGCACUAAGGGCUUCCAGGGUGUGAUUGUUAACGGGUUUAUGCAGAACGAAACAAAAGCAAUAAUCGCGGAACUGACUCUCAAAUCGAUCGACUCUAACCUAAUCGAAGGCUCGAGCGCGCGCUCGCUCGAUGGCGCCGUCUCUGUCGCGGCCAACGAGACAGACAAGGACGGCGAUAAAGUGAAGUGGGAGGCGGCGGUGAGAGAGACGCUUGCGCUAGGAAGAGUCGGAAAUGUGAACGUGGAUCCGGACUUCUUGGUGUUUGAACCUAUGAGCAUCGUAUCAUAUCGCCCGCAAGAGGAAGAAUCGGACAGCGCUCGUUCCUUCUUCGGCCUAGCUGAAACAAAGCUGUAUGUAGUGGCCGGAUGUGUAGCGGCCCUUAUACUGGUGGCGUUACUACAAGCAGUUUGCACGCUGUAUGGCGGCCGUGGAGCUAGCAAGGGCAAGGACCAGCUAAUCCCCUCAUCAGCGUGGAAGGACUACUCCUCAUCAAACACCAACUACGCCUUCGAGCCCUUCGAGAACGACGACAAGUUCGCCACCGCCUCCACCCGCCGCCCGCCGUCCGGCGCGCCGCCGCUACGCCCCACCGGCCCGCCGCCGCCCAGGCCCAGUAGUGCGCACAGGAUGGACAGGAUGACCCCAGUUAAGACGCCAACCAACGGCCACAAGUUGUCAGCCAACGGCAACGGUCGUAAGUCACCGGCGCACGCUAACGGUCGCACGCCACGCCCUGCUAACAGCGCAGCACAGUAUUAUCACGACACACGAUCGCUGCAGCGGCCAAGACAGCAAUAUGGGUACGUCGGCCGCGGAGCACACGGCGGAGGCAACGAUCGCGCGACGUACUCGCUACCGCGAGGCCGCGCCGACGCGACGCACGCGCAACCUGACUUCUACUUUAUGCCGUCGCAGCGGAAGUAUGAAGAUUUUUGAUGGAGACUGCGAAGGAUUUUGAUUAUUAAUUACUUUAGUUACCAAUAGAUGCAGAUUAUAAAACUUGACAACCGUUGUAUAUCUAUAGAUGCUUUAUAAUAGUCUUCAAGAAAUAAUAUUAUUGCUUUUCAAAACUAGAACAAUACUAUAUUGAUAUCAUCUGGUGGCACGGCAGUGCCUCCGCCAAGUCGAGCGCGAAGCAAACAUUAUUAUUUACUACCAUGUAUAUUACAAAUCACUCAGUUUUUAGACUAUCUGUGGGGUCUGACGCAGAAUGUGCACUUCGCAAAAUGAUCAUUUCGCGAAAUGAGCACUUUUACAUACUAAUAUAAUACAAACAAACUCUUCAUCCUUUACAUUUGUAUAGAAAAGUGCUCAUUUUUUUAAGUGCACAUUUUACGAAAUGCACAUUUACGUCUGACCCUAUGUAUGGCUGUUACUCUAUUUAUAAACUUAUCUACUCACAUCAAUUACCGCUAUAAAAAUAAAAUUCCUGUUGUAUUACCAUAGGGGUCACUUAAAAAUUAGGGUAUGAUGGUGAAAACGGGCAUUAAGGGCUUAAAUUGACUUUCUAAGUUAAUAGGGUAAUUUUCAGCUCAAUCGUAAAGUUUUUUCCACCAAAAGAUGGCUCCUUAAAGUGUUGCCUGCAAUAAAUAUUAUUUCUUGAUGGUUACUGUACAACAAAAUAUUUUAUUAGUUUUACUUCCAAACAGAUCUAGUCUCGUGUCACAGUUUUAACAAUAAGUUAUUAUUUCACCUUUAAUAUAAAUACAUUUAUUUUAAUGUAAAUAUUUAGACUAUGCUGUAUAUUGCGAUUAUAA